UUUAUUUUUUUUUCCCCCAGUGCGAGGAAAGGGGGUUUGGUUUGGGUUUGUUUUGUUUGCGCCGCUCCGCUCUUCGCCCGCUCGCCCUCUCCGACUCGCCGUGGGUUUUGGGGAACUUUUAAUUUUUUUAUUUAUUUUUCUUUUUCUUUUUGCCGGUUGUUUUUUCCCCCCCUUUGCCCCUCCGGCAACUGCUCCAGCAGCCUCCUCCUCUCGCCCCGGCCAUCCCUCCCCAUGCGCCGGGGGCAGCGGGCAGCUCCGCGGCGCGCACCCGGCAGCUGAGCUGCGGAGCGGCGCGUCUCCCUCGCCGGGCAGGAUGUACACGGCCGGGCUGGCUCCUUUCUACGCCUCUAACUUCAGCUUGUGGUCAGCGGCGUAUUGCUCGGCAUCGGGGCCGGCAGCUGGCGGUUGCUUCCCCCUGGACGCCGCGGCGGCGAAGAAACCUUCCUUCUGCAUCGCUGACAUCCUCCACGCCGGCGGAGAGGCGGCGGGAGGACCGGCCGACAGCCUGCCCGGAGGUCCCGGAACCGGGAUGCCGGCGGCUUUGGGAGCCGUCCAUCACGGCGCUCCCUUCCACCCCGCCGCCUCGCCGCUCCGACCCACGCCCGUCGUGGCCCCCGACGCCCCCACCGCCGCCUUCCCGCCGCGCCUCUCGCCUCUCUCCGCCGCUUACCACUCCCACCACCACCGCCCCCCGCAGCACCGGGUCCCCGCCGUGGCGGCGGCAGCGGCGGCGGCGGCGGGGGGCGGCGGAGGAGGCCCGCCCCCCGCCCGGCUCCCGGGCGGCCACACGCACGGCUCGGCGCCAGCGCCCGCCAGCAAGGACCUGAAAUUCGGCAUCGACCGCAUUUUAUCGGCGGAGUUUGACCCCAAAGUCAAGGAAGGCAACACGCUGAGAGAUCUGACCUCCUUAUUAACUACCAGCCGUCAAACUGGGGUUCAUCUCCCCAACUUGCAGCCUUCCGCCGGCCAGUUCUUCGCGUCUCUAGACCCCAUUAACGAGGCCUCUGCUAUUCUGGGUCCCUUAAACACAAACCCAAGGAGCUCAGUUCAGCACCAGUUUCAAGACACAUUUCCAGGUCCGUACGCAGUUUUAACCAAGGACACGCUCCCCCAGACAUACAAGAGGAAACGCUCCUGGUCCAGGGCUGUUUUUUCCAACCUACAGAGGAAAGGUUUAGAAAAACGGUUCGAAAUCCAGAAAUAUGUAACCAAACCGGACAGAAAGCAACUAGCGGCGAUGCUGGGGCUGACAGAUGCUCAAGUGAAGGUCUGGUUCCAGAACCGGAGGAUGAAGUGGCGGCAUUCCAAGGAGGCGCAGGCCCAGAAGGACAAGGAGCCACCGCCGGAACCGGAGCCGGAGUCGGCAGCCCAGCGAGCCGGCGGGCCGCCCGCCGCCGCCGGGGAGCCCGAGCGCAGCCCUAGUCGCUCUGAGGGCGACAGCGACAGCAGCGACGCCGACUCCCUCGACAUGGCCCCCAGCGACUCUGAAAGGACUGAGGGUCCCGAGCGGAGCCUGCCCGCCGCCGGGCUCGGCAAAUCCUCCGGCAGCACCGGCCUCCCCUCCCCGCCGCCCGGAGCAGCCAGCCCCGAGCCGAGGAGCGGCCUAUAGACGGGGCGGCCCCGCCGCACCCGCGCCCAGGACCUGCGCGAUAACUUAUCUCCCUUCCUCCGCCCUGGGAGCCCGCCAAGGGCGGCCGGGCACCGGCCCGGCAGCGGCAUGGCGCGGGGCGAAGGGCCGAGGAGGCGGGCGGAGUGGGGACGCUCAGCCCCAGGACAGCUGUGCGGGAGGCGGCCGCCUCUCUCCCUUCCCUCUGCUCAUAGGAGAGCGGGAUUUGGUUUUAUUUUUAUUUUUUUAAUUUUAAUUUUUAUUUUAUUCUCCGUCACCGUCCCCUUGUCCUCUCCCGGAAAAUCUAAGGGAGGGACGUGCCCCGAAAUCCCUCUCUUCCCACCUUCCCUCCCAAACCAAUUUACAAUGUGAAGUAUUUUGCCAACGUCCUCAUGGGUUGCAACUUGUUGCUUCGAAUAAUCCGGCCAAAAAAUACUGCACUGACAAAAUAUAUAAAUAUAUAUAUAUAUAUAUCUCCUGUAAAUAAAAUGUUUGCUAUGGUUUGUAA